AUGACUUCAGAAAUCAGCUAUCAGGAUGGACCAGUGUUUUCCAGAAUAGACGACAGCCCUACAGAGGAUGACGAGCCGAUUCACGCGACCGGCCCGUCACGAGUGCAGAACGAAUAUGAGCGAAUCGGUGGCCGGGAGGGAUCCUCGGUGGGCAAGCCUUUCCUGGACUAUGGCCAAGCUGUGGAGUAUGGCAUGGAGAAUGUGUCCUGGCUCCAAAGACGCUCAGCGUGGGGAAGGUAUCUGGUGAAUCUGUUCCUGGUAAUCACCCAGCUGGGCUUCUGCUGUGUUUACUUUGUCUUUCUCAGUGACAAUGUCAAACAGGUGGUUGAGGCUGCAAACGGGACCACCACUAACUGCCAUACUAACCAAACAGCAGUAAUUAUUCCCAGCUACGAUUCACGGAUCUACAUGCUCUUCUUUCUGCCUGCUGUCAUCGUUCUGGUUUUUAUACGUAACCUACGGAUCCUGGCCCCUUUUUCCUUUUUGGCCAAUAUAGUCAUGUGCAUCAGCCUUGGACUGGUCUAUUACUACUGUCUAACGGUUCUGCCGCUGGAGAACAAGAUGCAGAGGCCACAGAACUUCAGUAAGGUUCUGUACCUUGGCAUGGCCAUCGUCACCGCGCUCUACAUCUCUCUGGGCACCAUCGGGUACAUCUGUUUCGGAGAGCGCAUCGGCGGAAGCAUCACUCUAAAUUUACCCGACUGCUGGAUGUAUCAGGCAGUGAAACUGAUGUACUCGUUUGGGAUCUUCAUCACAUACGCUCUGCAGUUCUACGUGCCAGCGGAGAUCCUGAUCCCGUGGGUGGUUAACAGAGUGUCUGAGCGCUGGAAGCUGUUUGUGGACCUCAGUGUGCGUGUCACGCUCGUCGUCAUCACCUGUGCAUUGGCCAUACUGAUUCCGGAGCUGGACCUGGUCAUCUCUUUGGUGGGUUCCAUCAGCAGCAGUGCCCUGGCUCUUAUUUUCCCCCCCAUCCUACAGAUCAUCACCUUUCACAACGAGGGCCUCUCCCCGUGGCUGGUGAUCAAGGACGUCAUCAUCAGCGUCUUUGGGCUGGUGGGCUUCGUGGCCGGAACCUACAUCUCCAUCCAGGAGAUCAUCACACGCAACAGUGCCAAACACGGUCUCUCUUUUCAGGUCAUGUGA